AUGCAGCCCAAGGGUGCCAUAAGAGUCCACUUCGAUCGCAGUCUCAAGGAUCUUGAUGCAAGGCCCCGGUGGGCGUAUGUACCUACUUCAUGGAGCAUUAAACACUCUUUACAUGUAACGGAAAAUACUCAUGAUAAAUGCUGCCAUCUUCAGGAAAAGGUCGUUGAUUAUCUGAGCUCUAUCGCUGUGGACACAUAUAGUCGAGAGCUCUACUGCCUAAAACUUGAAGAGUGCCAAAUUCUUCCAAAUCUCCAUCUGUCUCAAAAGUCUCCCCCGCCUACAGCGAUCAAAAGCAUAGAUCCCGCACAAACUUCCGGCAAUCCGGAAGCCAUCAAUGCAUCAGAUACUGUCUCUCUUGCAGUGAACAGGAAACAUCCUCUAGUAACCAUCACGAGCCUACCAGACGAGGUCCAUCACUUGGUAGCUUCAAAUCUCUGCGAGCAUUGCACAGGUUGUCUCACCAACCCAGACCAACCAAGCCACACCAAUAGCGCCGAGCUUUUCAACCUCUAUCUUGUUGACACUCACUGGCGAGACAUUGCAACUCCGUACCUCUAUCAUGUCUGGGUUCUGCGUCAGACUAAUUUUCUUUCAGAGAAGUCCAACCUCAGGCAAUGGAAAUCCCAAACCGGUGGUAGAAAUCGGCACAAGGUUGCGGGGCAUGGUCUCCUCCGAGGGACAGCUAUGUGGCACCAGUGGUUGAUGCUGCAAACACCAGCCCUAGACACAGUAUCAGUAUAUCAUCAACACCAACUACAUUUUCAUGAGUACCCAGACAUCGAGAAAUUGGCUUUUAUAGGAACUCAGCGCAACAUGGACAUUCCCACGAUGCUGAUGUUCGACAGCCCUUCAUAUGUCCCUCGUCAAGUUUACCCGCAUACAACCGGCUGCUACGGACGCUACGGGCCCUACGGAUGGCCUUUCGACGAUAGUCGCAGCUUGCGUGAUCUUGCAAUCGAACGCAUGUUCAUACGCUGUGGCGGCAUGGAAGGAAUACAGUAUAUUAGCCACGGCCACAUGGAUUGGGUGGCGUGCCAAAACCUGAAUGACUCUUGCGUGAGCUAUACAAUGGUAAUGACCUGGUAUGAUCGCUUCCAUCUUCCUCGCGAUGCUUAUCUCUUCGGGUUUCGUGCCUUACACAUCAUCGCCGAAACCAACGCGGUAGAAAUGAGCCCUGAGGAGCUGGUGAUCAGACGACAACUAGAGGAUUUGGGAGUGGAGCUCAAGUUUUAUGAGCAAGACAUACUGCACGGUGUGGAUUACGCGGUCCUGGAAGAUGAAGGCUGGACAGUAAAUGAUAAGAUUGGAGGUUCGCUUGACUUUCAAUUCUCGUCCAAGGAAACAUCGUCCUGA